CUUCUUUUUGGGAGGUCACGCACGGUGGCGGUAACGUUAUGGACUUUUUCACUUCAAGUCUUAUCAGGUUUAAAAACAUAGGCCUCAUAGUAACUGGCAACUAACAAGCUGGAGUGUUGGGCCAAACAUUCAGAGAACGACUAACAUCAUUUUCUAGUUCUGCAUGAAAACAAGUAAAACUAUAGCAAGAUGGUGGUUCUCAAAAUCCGAGACCAGCCUGGCCUGCUGAAAGCCAUCUUCAAUGUGGACCCAGAUGAAGUGCGCUCCCUCAUAUUUCAGAAAGAGGAUGUGAAUGUUCAGGACAAUGAGAAGCGGACACCGUUGCAUGCAGCUGCCUAUCUAGGAGAUGCAGAAAUUCUAGAGCUGCUCAUACUAUCAGGAGCCAGAGUAAAUGCCAAAGACAACAAGUGGCUCACUCCUCUGCACCGGGCCGUGGCUUCCUGCAGUGAGGAGGCUGUCCAGGUGUUAUUGAAACACUCUGCUGAUGUGAACGCCAGGGACAAAAACUGGCAAACGCCGCUCCACAUCGCUGCGGCCAAUAAGGCAGUCCGCUGUGCCGAGGCCCUGGUCCCUCUCCUCAGCAACGUGAACGUGUCAGACCGGGCCGGGCGCACGGCGCUGCACCAUGCAGCCUUCAGCGGACACCAGGAGGUUAGCAAUUAGCAUGGACAUGAUUACACACUGUAGUCUACACUUUAUACCUGUCCUAUCCCCACGUUGAGCUUACUGUGCAUCUGAUUACUUACAAUGGUUGUAUGUAGGGCUGUGACGGUAAUUGGAUAACCGUGACAUUGACGGUUUUGGAUGAAGAACGCCAUGAAAAUAAAAUAACCGUCAUAACCAAAAAGAAGUGUGAUUUUUCUCUCCAUAAAAUGUUUUAUCACCUUUAUUUUAAUGUAGAUAUACUUUAUCCAUAGUGGGAGUGUUAACUAUUGAUUAUAUGGUAUUGUUUUGCUGUCUUAGUCCAUCUAUUAAACUGUCUAUAUCUCCUCUCUCCAACUAUCUUUUGAUGCGCCGCAAUCACCAAAUCUGCUGUAUGCGCGGAUAGGAGAGAAUCUUUGAAGGUCAA